UUAAUCUAUCCAUUGGUGAAAGUCGAUAAACGUGACACGUAAUCGUUUAGGAUAGUAUUAAAGAGCUAUCCUUUCGAAUUAAUCUAUUUCAUUUAUAUCGCCGCUGUUCAUUGUUUAAUUUUCAGUAAAAAUUUGUCGUUACUUGGCUAAACAAUUUAAACUUGCUGGAAAAGACGACUGGGAAAAUUUAGAGAUCGACGCUACCGUCGACACUAUUCAUGAUCUUCGUUCAAAAAUUGGUGCUUAUUUUUAUGAAACUAAUCCUGAAGCUAAGGCUGCAAAAUUAGAGGUAGCUAAGGAAGUAGUACCAUUCAUAUUAGAACGUUUGGACGCUCAAGUAAAAAAUAAUGGGGGUUACUUCGUUGGCGGUGCUUUGACUUGGGCAGAUCUUACUUUUGUUGCUCUAUUGUAUUAUCUUAACUACAUGAUGAAAUCAAAUAUCAUUGAGAAAUAUGAUAAUCUCACAGCAUUGGAGGACAAGGUUCUUAAUCUUCCAGGUAUCAAAAAAUGGGUCGAGACGCGUCCCGAAUCUGAAUUCUAAAUUUCUUAUUAACUUCCUUUGAUAUAAUCGUACAUAUAUUAUAAAACAAAAAGCUUAUGUAUUUUUCUAUACCUAUGAGAGAAAAAAAUAAAUAAUAUAUACGAG